AACAUGGCUGCGGAAACAGGUGUUGUCUGUAUGAUAAUUGUACGGUUAAAUUGAUCUUCUAAAGGUCUGCGUGGAUAUGUGUGAAACCAAUGGGAGACAUCUUAGAAUGGCGAGGAGAUGCAUACCAAGUUCUCGCAUGUUGUGGAGUGUUCAUUUUACUUUCUUGGGUACUAACAAAACUCUUGGGUCUGACUUGGAAGAGAGGGCUUCGAGUGGGAGACCCUCAUAAAGGCCAUCGAUGGUUCAUGACAGAAAUACUUGACAAGCCCACCUAUUGUAACUUUUGCGAGCGUCCUCUUGUAAGAGGGGGUUAUUGUGAAAACUGUGGGAUCUCUGUUCACGAAGAGUGCAUCGAUGGAGCAACCAAGAGAUUUGCUUGCAAAGUUCUUGUUCUCUCGAAGAGAAACUACAUGAAUCACCAAUGGGUUCGGGGGAAUUUACCUCUAUGUAGCACUUGUAGUGUCUGCGGUUUUCACUGCGGCACUGAACCGAGAUUAUGCGAUCUCAGAUGUAUCUGGUGUCAGGAUAAAACACAUGAUCAAUGCCUUCGAAGCAAAUCAAACGUGUGUGAUUUUGGAAAGUAUAAAACUAUGAUAUUACCUCCACAUUGCAUAAGUUUGACUGUGGAACAUUGGAGAAGUAAAAAGAGAUUUGUGGUUCGAGAAGUCAGCACACCGCCCAUAAAAAAUUGGAGUCCAUUGCUCGUGUUUGCUAAUCGUAAAAGUGGGGAUAAUGAAGGUGAAAGACUAUUAAUGGCGUUUAAAAAUCUUCUAAACCCUGUACAGGUAGUUGACCUUCAUGAGGUUCCUCCUGAAUCUGCGCUAGAAUUCUGUAAGCUUCUGCCAAACGUCAGGACUCGUAUACUUGUGUGUGGAGGAGACGGCAGUGUUGGAUGGGUUCUUGGUGCCUUGGAUAAAGUCAAAUUAAAGUUACCACCAUACAUUGGGAUUCUUCCUCUUGGCACUGGUAAUGACCUGGCACGGGUUUUGGGAUGGGGGAGUGGUUACACUGGUGAGGAAGAUGUUAAUGAAGUUUUGACAUCUGUUAUGAUGGCAAAUGUCACUCCUCUAGACAGAUGGAAAAUAACUAUUGAGAGUAACCGAAGGUACUUUGAUGUUAGAAGACGUAAGAAGGUGUUUUGGAUGAACAAUUACUUUUCAAUUGGCUGUGAUGCCAAAGUAGUUCUGAAUUUCCACCUUCAUCGUGAGAGUCAGCCAUCUUUGUUUACUAGUCGCAUCAUUAACAAGGCAGUGUAUGGAUUGUAUGGUGCCAGAGAUGUCCUUGAGCAAGACUGUAAAGACCUCCAUGAAGUUGUUGAGCUGGAAAUGGAUGGAAGAAAAGUGGACCUACCGGAGCUGGAGGGAAUUGUUUUUCUGAACAUCAACAGCUGGUGUGGAGGUUGUGAAUUGUGGGUUGAGGGUGAUGAGGAACACCCUUUGCCACCAAGCAUUAAUGAUGGAAUCUUGGAGGUAGCAGGGCUUUAUUCUGCUCUCCACAUUGCAAGGCUUCAAGUCAAUAUGGCUGAUCCACUACGGCUCGGUCAAGCACGAUCAAUAAAACUUACACUGAAGGACACCAGGUCUCUCCCGGUUCAAGUAGAUGGGGAACCUUGGGAAGAAGGCCCGUGUGUGAUCACAAUUACUCGUCAUAACCAAGCCCUCAUGCUGGCAAAAGGACAGAAACAAGAACAAAUAUUAUGAUAGGCCCAAGUGCCUUCCAUAUGAUGUUUAGGGCUGUAAGAGGAUGUGCAAGGCAUGGCAGAACUCAGGAAACGAAGACAGAAUUCAUCUUUACUGAUACAGUUGUCUCGUAGCUAGUUAUAUCCAGAAGUACAGAGGGAUAUUCUGGUAGGAAACUCUUGCACUCGCGUUUUACCGUACAUCUAGAAUUUCAAUGUAAGAGCUUCUCGGUGAAAGGCCGUUAGAAAGGGGCCAAUAGAGUCGUUGGAGUUAUUUUAGUUUUAGUUUAUAGAAAAAAUUUGUUACCCAAGACGUUUACCGAGUGCCCUGCCGUUGUUUUUGCUCCAGACUGAAAAUCAAUUUCCUUCAUUUUGAAGUCGUUUUUGUCAACAAAACUUUGACUACCAUUGUAAAGCUUUCACACAGUUGAUAAAUGUUAGCAGACUUCUCGAA